CACCUAGUGAAAAUGUACAUGCGCAUAACACCAUCAGAAUUAGGACUUACUCCGUAUGAAAUAUUAUAUGGCAGACCAUUCAGGCUGCCUGUAUAUACGGAGGAAGAAAAGGCAGAAGAGAGCUGUGAUUUGAGUGACUGGAUGAGGAAAUUUUUACAAAGUAAACAAGUAAUUGAUGCUAGUAAACUGCCAGAAGCAUCUUCUUUCUCUUCACAGGUGCCACUGAUACAGCCAGGAGACUGGGUGCUGGUCAAGGUCAUCAAACGGAAGUGCUGGUCAAACCCGAGGUGGGACGGUCCAUAUCAAGUUCUACUGACCACACCAACAGCAGUGAAAAUCGCUGAAAGAUCUACGUGGAUUCAUCUGAGUCACUGCAAGAAGGUGGAGCCACUUACUUCGGAGUAAAGGUGGAAGUCUGGUUACAAAGGGGGAAAUUCCUUAUAGUGGUUUUUUCGUCUCAACCCAGUGAAGACAACAACUGAUCCCUACUCCUUUAGAAUGGCGCCCUUCUGCAGCCUCAUAAUUAUUUUCAGCGUGAGCACACUGCUAAUUUUAGGAGGAACAUCUUCAUUAAAUUACACCCAGUACCCACAUGAAUAUGCAACCAAUGAAUGGUGGCAGUUAAUGAACGUCACAGCUCAUGUUAAUAAUUGGACAAAUUGUUAUGUGUGUGCACAUAUGCCAGUGGCAGGACACAAUACUGGACUGAGGCCUUACAAUGUUAGCUGGGAGCACUCAUGGUGUCUCUAUGGGUUGGCUACACAUCCAGGGAGAAGAGCUAAAUGGAGUGAAGCAAAUUUUACCUCAAUUCUUAACGUAAAGGGGAUGAGUUCUCCCAUUAAUAGAAACUGUUCUAUGUUAACAGAUUUGCUCACUUGGCCCCAGUUAGCUAACCCCCUUCCUGAGGUACUGAUGUUGACUCAUUUGCCAGAGAAAGCUUUUCCAGCAUGUGUUAUAGCAAAUGGAACCAUCAAGGUGGGUAGAUUACCAGCCACUCUCUGUAAUGCUACCUAUUCGUACUGUCCACCAACAGAUGAGAGACAAUGCCUGACCUGCCUCAAAAAUAUUGCUUGUUAUAAUAAUCUAACUGUACGGAGGAAGGAAUGUCAGUCUGACCUGGCCUACAGAAUACAGAUGGACACUGGAGAGCUGAGUCAGUGCUCACGAGUAGCACCAGGACCCAAGGGAACAAGAGUGUUAGCGGAUUGGUAUUUCAUCUGUGGUCACAAAGCGUACGUGUCCCUUCCCCCAGAUUGGGGAGGCCUGUGUAGUGUUGCAUAUGUGUCAGAUCAUGUCUUUUUCAUGCAGUACCAGGCCAGUCAUACACAUCACAAGACGAAGCAACAGGUUGGAGAGUGGCUCACGAGCCAUUCAGAAGUCCCAGAGGAGCUCCGGAUCUGGGGAGUCGGAGCGAAGAUUGCCCAGUCUAUCUUUCCAGGAAUUGGACUGGGAUUUGUGCGUGACCAAGUGGAAAUAAAUCGCUAUGCACUAUUACGUCUGAUGAAGAUGAUGCUGGUGGAGCCAUAAGGGAGGCACUCGACAGACUGACUGAAUUACAGAAAUAUGUACAACAGCACACUCAGGAAAGCCAGAGUGAUUGGUUUUCCUGGCUAAAUGCGGGAACUUGGUGGCAGGUAUUGUUGAAAUGCCUGACUCCUGUUUUGUGUGUGUUAGUGUUGAUUUGUGUGUUUACAAUGUGUAUUCUGCCCUGCAUCAGAUCCAUGAUAACAAAGAUUU